AUGUAAUAAUAAUAAAAGAAACAAAGUUGGAUUCAAUAAUUGUUUUGUGGGUGUAUUCGAGAAGAACCUCUUCAUUAAGAUAAGAAAAUACAAGGUUUGUCAAGUAAAAUGGAAAUUUAGAAGCAGAAGCCUGUAAAUCUAAUAUUCAUGUAACAACAGUCUGAAGGAUGGUUGAAUAAGACUACAUCUCAGGAAGUUGAUUACUCAGCAGAUAUAGAAAAAGAUGUGGAUUUAGAUGAGGAUUAAUAAAAAGUUUAUAAUAGACAACUAUCCUAUUUAGAGUAAAAUUCUUAGCUUCAAAAGACUAGUUUUUCUGAUGUAAAUAUAUUAUGGAAUAAAAUAGGAAUUCAAUUCAAAUAACAUUGAAAUGAAAUUAUUUCAUAGAAUAGGUGGAUUACUAUCAAGAUAAAGCAAUAUAUAAGUAGAGAUGUAAUCAAAUUUGUGGAUAAUGAAAAUAUUCAAAGAUGUGUAAUUAAUUGUUCAAGAUAAGGAGUUCGAAUAAAAAUUUAAAUCUUAAUUGAUUAAUCCUGCUAUUGUUGAUAUAAUGAACUAAAGAAUUAAAUCAAAUAUCAUUUUAUUGGCUCAUGAUCCAACAGGAUCUAUCUUACUUAAAUUAGCAAGUCCUAGUAGAAAAAUCUAAUAUAUAUAAUAAGAAUAGACAUUCUCAAAUAUAAUAGAUAGAGGCAUUUGUAAAUUGAAAGUCAAAGUGGAUAAAGUUUUUAAAAUGGAUCUAGAUUAAAAGGUAGAUAUUGUAAUUGUGAAUCUAUAUUAUGUUGAUAGCAAAGAUAAUUUAAAGAAUAUUAUGUAUGAAUAUUUGCAAUAUGCUCAUGACAUUAUUAUUCUUUUAUAACCAAACAUAGAAAAUUCCAUAAUCUAUGAUUCUGCUGAGUAAGCUAUUUCAUUAUCUGAACAAUCCAAUUAAAGUUGUAGUGUCGAACUUUAAUGUCUUAUGGAUAAUAAUAACAAUAUUAUAGCUAAAUUACUCUAUUAUGGAGAUAUCACUGAAGUAAUUAUAUAAGUAAUUAUUUUAGAUUACUUUAAAUGAUGAAUUAAACUUUGUUUAUUCUUGUAUUGAUUCCUCAAUCAAGAAAUAAUAUAAUUAUAAACUUAUGUUUAGAGAUUUAAGAAAUUAAAUGGGUAUGAACAAACUCAUUAGAAUUCUUAACCAAUUUUAAAUCAUUUCAGGAAUUGGAUCUUUUUCUGAUUUUAUUCUUAGUAUAAAUGGUAGUAAGAAUAAAUAUUUAUUAAUGAAUAUCCAAACUAAAGAUUUUGAAAAUGAAAAUCAAGAUGGAAAACAUAAAUUAAGUGAAUUGUAGUCUUCUUCUUCAUCAACUGAAUCAGAACCAGAAGACAAUUUGGAUAAAAUUGAUUCAAUAAGUGAAUCAUAUAAUCAAUCUUAGAUAUUAGAACCUCUUAAGUCCAAAGAUAUCAAUUCAUAACCCUUUAAUAAUUGA